AUGCGUAAAGGCCGGCGCAAAGGCGUAUCUGUCAUGGAAAGCAACACGGCGUCCAACUCUCAAAGUCCAUCCCCUGCAAACUCACCCGCAACCUUUACUCGCUCGCUUGCAGAACUCGAACACGAGGCAGACAAUAUCAUUCUAAGUGGUCUGCGCGAAGACGACAGUCCUCGGAAUACACCGACCCGUGGCCCAUCCCGCUCCAACAGCAUUGCGGGUUCGUUUACAACCAAAAUGUCCCUCAGUUCGAUCAUGCCCUCGCUCUCGGGCCUCUCCCUCACACGUACUUCUACAAAUGAGGAGAAAAGAGGCAGAAAACCCGACAAGAAUGACCCAUCCUCGAGGAGCAGCUCCGCGAUGAGAUCAAUGUCUCCAUUCCGUCGUCGCUCUAGAACCCGGGACCGAUCCCCGUCCGUAGAGGCGCUCCGGCAUAAUCAAUCCGAUUAUGACUCAGAUGCGGAAUCAGUCCCUGGGAUGCGCGCACCGCGCAAUGCCUUUACGGACGGCGAUUCAUCCAGUGGAUCGGAGGAAGAGGAAGAGGAUCUUCCAGACGACUUUGACGAAGAGACCGAAGAUAACACGGAGAAGAAUGCGGUCAUCGAGCCCUUUGAGAACCCAGACGAGGUCCUAGAUCACGAGCCAGAUCCAUUGGGAGAGGGCGUCAACGUUGUUCGUCCCGAGGAGCCAAUGUUUCAGAAUGCUGCUUCGGCAUCUAAUCCAAGACGCAAGCGCACCCUCAGAACGGACGUCCUCCCGCUGGAGACGCACUCACCAAUUUUCCAAAAGGAUAGAUGCACAGUCACCAUCGUACAUGGAGAUCCUUCUUCAUAUUGCGUAGGAAAGCCCGUCCGAAAGUUUAUGGUCGCAAGCGAUCUCAGUGAAGAGGCGAAAUACGCGGCUGAAUGGGCCAUCGGAACAGUUCUGAGAAAUGGCAACGAACUGACUAUCGUCACCGUAUCCGAAACCGAGUCUAAGCGCAAGUUCCUUCAGAUACAUUCACUUGACGGCGCGGCCCAGCAAACUGAUCGUCUUGCCAAGCUCAGGAAUCAGCAAGAGAGACAAGCCCUUGCUUACCUUCUGUCCCGCCAAGCGACUGCCCUCCUACAAAGGACAAAGCUGCACGUCACCGUCAAGUGCCAAGCGAUUCAUUCAAAGAACAGUCGUCAUACAUUGCUUGACCUCAUCGAUGCUAUCCAGCCCGUGAUGGUCAUUGUUGGCUCUCGUGGUAUAGGCAAACUGAAGGGUAUCUUGCUCGGAUCAACAUCCCAUUAUCUCAUUCAGGCAAUCAUGGUUGCACGAAGGCGGCUCAAGCGACCUGUGCGUCACAACCAAUUACCACCACAGCGUACGAAGCAUGUCUCUCUCGCGGAAGCCAAUAUCGAAAAGGCCGGCAAGGGUAGCGCGGAGAAGGACGUGAUGCAAGUUCGCAACGAAAUUGCUCAAGAGGAAGCUAGCCGCAACAAAGUCGGCUUUGCAGACGCGCUCUCCCCGGCAUCGCCUAUCCCACCCGCAAUGGGCUCAGGUCUCCGUGGUGACGAUGAGAGCGACAGCGAGAGUGAAGAAGAGGUUGUAGAAGGCACCAAAGUGCCCGGAACGUCAUGA